AAAAAGUAGCCUCUCCUGGUCUGUUCAACCAUUGGGCUCAUCGUUGGAUACAAAUCAUAUAGGUGUGGCCCAAUGCUAGAAACCCGAAAAACGCGCACCGCUUUGAUUUCCCUCCCUCCCAUCAAAUUUCUAAUUCAGUGAGUUGACGCGCUGAAAGCGUUUUCUUAGAUUGCAGCCCAAAAACCCUAAUUCCCCAUUUUUCAACUUCACUCAAAUUCGCGGUUCAGCGAAUCCACUCGGACCAACCAGAAAUUCAGAGCCUGUUUUUAAAUGUCUUUGAUGAAGUGAAUGCCCAUUUGGUUGUAUUUGUAGUUACAAGAUUAUCAUGAGUGUGAUGCCCUAGAAUUGUAGAGUGGUUUCCUGGUUGGUUUGUGAGUUAACUGAUUGAUUGGUUGGAAACCUUUUGGUUAAUUCACCCAGUACAGGACAAUGGGAACUCCGGUUUCAAACAGUUCUGUUUUGAAGCGUUCUUUGAGAAAGAAAUCAGGUUUACGGAACUAUGAUGAGAAUUUGAUGGAUGAGGUCAUUGAGAAGCAUCUGGGUGCUACAUUGAAGAGAAAGAGUAGAACAAAGGAGGAUUUGGAGAAAGAAACUGAAACUGAAGCUAUGAUAGCUGUGUCUCUUGGUUUCCCAAUUGAUGCACUUCUUGAGGAAGAAAUUCGAGCUGGGGUAGUGAAAAAAUUGGGUGGUAAAGAACAGAAUGAUUAUAUUGUUGUGAGGAAUCAUAUAUUAGCAAGGUGGAGGGGUAAUGUUCGAAUGUGGCUAUCAAAGGGACAAAUUAAAGAAACUGUGAGUAAUGAGUACGAACAUUUGAUAUCAUCAGCCUAUGAUUUUUUAUUGCAUAAUGGAUACAUUAAUUUUGGGGUUUCACCAUCGUUCACGUCUCAUGUGCCAGAUGAGGCAAAUGAAGGAUCUGUUAUUAUCAUUGGUGCUGGACUGGCUGGGUUAGCAGCAGCAAGGCAACUCUUGUCGUUUGGAUUCAAGGUUAUUAUUCUGGAAGGUAGAAAUCGACCUGGUGGAAGAGUUUAUACUCAAAGGAUCGGGCAGGAAGGUAAAUAUGUUGCCGUGGAACUUGGUGGCAGUGUUAUUACUGGUAUCCAUGCUAAUCCUCUUGGAGUUCUAGCUAGACAACUUACCAUUCCACUUCAUAAAGUAAGAGAUAAUUGUCCUUUAUACAAGCCAGAUGGGUCGCCAGUUGAUAAGGAACUCGAUUCCAAGGUUGAAGUUAUCUUCAAUAAGUUGCUUGACAAAGUCAUGGAACUGAGACAGAUUAUGGGUGGAUUUGCAUACGAUAUUUCCUUGGGUUCUGUUUUGGAGAGACUACGGAAGUUGUAUGCUGUAGCUAGAAAUGAUGAGGAGAGGCAGCUUCUUGAUUGGCACCAUGCAAAUUUAGAAUAUGCAAAUGCUGGAUGUCUUUCAGAACUUUCUGCUGCCUAUUGGGAUCAAGAUGACCCUUAUGAAAUGGGUGGGGACCACUGUUUUCUUGCCGGAGGUAAUUGGAGAUUGAUAAAAGCAUUGUGUGAAGGGCUUCCCAUAUUCUAUGGGAAAACUGUCAACACUAUUCGAUAUGGAAACGAAGGUGUUGAAGUAAUUGCUGGGGAUCAAGCUUUUCAUGCAGAUAUGGUGUUAUGCACUGUUCCUCUUGGAGUUCUAAAGAAAAAGGCUAUUAAAUUUGAACCUGAGUUACCCCAAAGGAAGCUUGCAGCAAUUGACAGAUUGGGGUUUGGGCUGCUAAAUAAAGUUGCAAUGUUAUUUCCUCAUGUUUUCUGGGGAGAAGACCUGGACACAUUUGGAUGUCUCAAUGAACAAAGCCAUAAACGUGGAGAGUUCUUUUUGUUUUAUGGUUACCAUACUGUUUCUGGUGGGCCGGUUCUUAUUGCACUUGUUGCUGGAGAAGCUGCAGAAACAUUUGAAUGCAGUGAUCCCUCCAGUUUGCUCAAUCGUGUUUUAAGUGUCCUCAGAGGUAUAUAUAGUCCUAAAGGUGUUACUGUGCCUAAUCCCAUUCAGUCAAUAUGUACAAGGUGGGGCAGUGAUCCUCUCUCCUAUGGUUCGUACUCUCAUGUCAGAGUACGGUCAUCUGGCUCCGAUUAUGAUUUACUUGCAGAAAGUGUGGGUACUAGGCUGUUUUUUGCUGGUGAGGCCACAACUCGGCAAUAUCCAGCCACCAUGCAUGGGGCCUUCUUAAGUGGAUUGAGAGAAGCUGCACGCAUAUACCAAGCUGUAAGGGUUCGUCAAAACUAUCAUAGAAAAUUUGUUCAAAAAAAUGUUGGACCCAACAAUGAUAUGCUGGCAUAUCUCUUUAAGAAGCCCGAUCUAGAAUUUGGAAAAUUCUCAUUUGUGUUUGAUUCUUUAGUAGAAGACACAAGAUCAAUGGGGCUUUUGAGAGUUACUUUUGACACUAGCGAAGGCAGUGGCCAAGAAGACUUGGGAACUAGUUUCCGGGAUUCCUUUGACUUGCCAUUGCCACUUUACACUACAAUAUCUCGUGAACAGGCACAUGAACUUGAACAAGUCACAGGAGGAGAUGAAUGUAGGUUGUCAUACAUGGUAAACAGUCUUGGAUUGAAGCUGAUGGGGCCUAGUGCUGUAGGAAAUUUUUGUAAUUCUUUGAUUACUAAUAUUGUUAGCACAAGAAGAGGCAGGGGAAGGAAUCGUUUGUUUGUUGAACAGCCUUAACUUUUGUGGAGAUUAUGUUAAUUUCAGGAACUUAAUCUUCUAACCAUUCUGUUGGCCUUUGAGUUUUGAUGAAAACCCUUGGGUGCCUUCCAAACUCUGGUUUCAUCUUUAGAUGCAACUAACUUCUGUAUAUAACAUAGCUGUGUAGGUUAUUCAUUGUCUUCAAGAGUGAUCAAGUUUCUUGGAGCUUGGACUGGAAAGCCAGUUUGCUUAGUAAAUGUAGAAUUUUUUGUAGUCUGACGGUCCCCAACUUGGUGGCCACCUAGUGAGACAGCCUUGAUAUGUGACUGAAAUUUUAUGUACUUCAAAGAUGUAUCAUUUUCAUUUUUUGUUUGGAUGAAAAUAGAAUGAUAAUGUAAUUUUGAAUGGGAUUCUUUACAUGUCAAGAAUUAUGUAUUCUACUAUA